AUGUCCUCCCUCCUCCUCCGCCUGUCUAUCGGCAUCCUAAUGCUCUGCGCCGCGCUCGAAAUGGCCUUGCUUUCGAAUAUGGUGUACUGGCUCCACUACACCGCCGGCGGAGCCUUCCAGAUCCUCUACCACAAUACCUCCUUCUCCCUCCACGGCAAACCCGUCGGUCUUCUAGUAAAUCAAGGCCAUACCUCCAACGGCGCCGCGGGCACCGCCUUCGUCGCCGUAGGCCUAGGAGGCAUCGUGGCACUCUCCCUCCGCAAACGAAUCGGCGGCGGAGGAGGAACCGGAGGAUCUGGGUUCGCGAAGGGCUUUUACUUCACCUGGCUAACCCUCACCUGCCUCAACGCCCUCCUAAGUAUCGUAGCUCUAAUCUACACUUUCCUCCUCACCGCCACGCAUGCCGGUCAAAGCAUCGACCUCUCCCUCGCAAGCAAAUUGGACAACCAUCCAUACCCGAACUACGUCGCUUACCCCGACCUUCUCUGGACGCCUGAGAAUUGGUUUUCCGCUGUUCUGGAAUUGGAUUUUGUGGAUGCCGGGGUGAGGAGGGAUCACGGUGUUCGGAGCGCUGUAUUCUGCAUCAUGUUGCGUCGUUGGUAG